UCUGUGGCGUUGUUAGCUUCUUUAGGACGACACAAGCCUUAUUUUCUGUUCAAACAAGAACGGAUAAGAGGACUCAUGAUUGCUUGAACGUCUACCUAGGACUCGGCGUCAUUUGCUACGUCACACACCAGGAAGUUUACAAAGUUAACCGCACUUAGUCAAGCAGGAAGAUAACAGAUUUAAAGGAUGUCGUGUCGAAUUAAUUAGCUGGCCACAACUUCAGCCUAGAUACAUUCUGCAGGGCUGUGCAGUCCAUUCCAGUGCAGUGGAUAACCUAUAAUGAGGCCAUGGAGGAGAGGAAGCUGAAGAGAAAGAGUUCCAGGCUGUCCACCAGCCAAGCCCCUGCCCCACCAUCCAGCACCAGUGCCCGGAAGAACACAGCCUCCUCUGGACGCCACCUGGGCUUCAGUCACAUGAGUACGCAGGCCAGUCAGAAGAGCAAGAGCCGCAGGGGUGCGAAGAGCAGGCCGCAGCAAGCUUCAGGCAGUAAGGCCAGCCAAGGCCAGGCCGCCCCCAUCCAGCACUCUUUCCUGACGGAUGUGUCUGACGUCCAGGAGAUGGAGAAGGGACUGCUGAACCUCCUUAAUGACUUCCACAAUGGAAAACUGCGUGCCUUUGGUAAUGAGUGUUCUAUAGAUGAGAUGGAGCAUGUCAGGGAGAUGCAGGAGAAGCUGGCACGGCUGCACUUUGACCUCUACGGUGAGGUGGAUGACAUGCCUGAGGACCAACGCAAGAUGGCCUGUGACUCAAACAUGGACAAACUGCUGCUCAAUCUUGAGGAACUCAGUUCAUCCAUUCAAAAGUUGAAUCUAGCAGACAGCCAGGAAGUCCCCAGGACAGCCAGCGUCUGAUACAGUCUCCAGUCCACACUGUCUGUCAGCUGCGUGUCUCCAGUAGACACUGUCUGUCAGCUCCGUGUCUCCAGUCCACACUGUCUGUCAGCUCCGUGUCUCCUGUCCACCCUGUCUGUCAGCUCCGUGUCUCCUGUCCACACUGUCUGUCAGCUCCGUGUCUCCUGUCCACACUGUCUGUCAGCUCCGUGUCUCCUGUCCACACUGUCUGUCAGCUCCGUGUCUCCAGUCCACACUGUCUGUCAGCUCCGUGUCUCCAGUCCACACUGUCUGUCAGCUCCGUGUCUCCAGUCCACACUGUCUGUCAGCUGCGUGUCUCCAGUCCACACUGUCUGUCAGCUCCGUGUCUCCAGUCCACACUGUCUGUCAGCUGCGUGUCUCCAGUCCACACUGUCUGUCAGCUCCGUGUCUCAUCAGUCGACACUGUCUGUCAGCUCCGUGUCUCUUCAUACGACACUGUCUGUCAGCUCCGUGUCUCUUCAUACGACACUGUCUGUCAGCUCCGUGUCUCCAGUCCACACUGUCUGUCAGCUCCGUGUCUCCAGUCCACACUGUCUGUCAGCUCCGUGUCUCAUCAGUCGACACUGUCUGUCAGCUCCGUGUCUCUUCAUACGACACUGUCUGUCAGCUCCGUGUCUCAUCAGUCGACACUGUCUGUCAGCUCCGUGUCUCUUCAUACGACACUGUCUGUCAGCUCCGUGUCUCUUCAUACGACACUGUCUGUCAGCUCCGUGUCUCCAGUCCACACUGUCUGUCAGCUCCGUGUCUCCAGUCCACACUGUCUGUCAGCUCCGUGUCUCCAGUCCACACUGUCUGUCAGCUCCGUGUCUCCAGUCCACACUGUCUGUCAGCUCCGUGUCUCCAGUCCACACUGUCUGUCAGCUGCGUGUCUCCAGUCCACACUGUCUGUCAGCUGCGUGUCUCCAGUCGACACUGUCUGCCAGCUCCGUGUCUCGUCAGUCGACACUGUCUGCCAGCUCCGUGUCUCGUCAGUCGACACUGUCUGUCAGCUCCGUGUCUCGUCAGUCGACACUGUCUGUCAGCUCCGUGUCUCGUCAGUCGACACUGUCUGUCAGCUCCGUGUCUCGUCAGUCGACACUGUCUGUCAGCUCCGUGUCUCGUCAGUCGACACUGUCUGCCAGCUCCGUGUCUCUUCAUACAACACUGUCUGUCAGCUGCGUGUCUCCAGUCGACACUGUCUGUCAGCUCCGUGUCUCUUCAUACAACACUGUCUGCCAGCUCUUUCUCCAAUCAACACUCUCAGCUCCGUGUCUCAGUCCACACUGUCUAUCCUUUCCUUGUCUCAUUGACAUUUCUCUUAACCACCUUUCCUGAAAAAGAAUAUCCUAAAUGAAUGUUAUCUUCUCCUUUCUGCUCCUUGGGGUUUCGGGCUGAUAUGGAGCUGAGUACCACAUUACUUCAGAAACUCACGUCACAUAUCCAGGCCUCAUGAAACAUAUCCACACCUUGCGUCACGUAUCCAAACGUCAUGCCACAUAUCCACACGUAACAUCCACACAUGUGUUUGGCCAAAUGUUGAUGCCUUUUCUGCCUGCCUUUUCCUGUAUUUUUUGUUUGAACUAGCGUUCCAUUGAGGUGUUAUUUUAUGAUCUCUUGCUAAUGUCUUUGUCAUAUAUAUAUAUGACAAAAUAUAUAUAUAUAGACACAUUUGGAAUGCAAUAAUUUUCCUAAUGCUGCUUGAUUGUAAAACUUUCCUUUAGAGUAAUCAUGUACAUUACAGACUGCUGUUUUAAUACUAUUUAAUGUGUUGGGGAGAGGGUGAUCAGUUGUUAUAAGUCUAUGAAUGCAGAUUUUUCUUGGUUUUAGGUUGUGUCAAUAAAAACUAAAUUCUAA